AUGCUGGUGACCCGCGGGGACCGCGGCGGCGGGGAGCGCGCGCCCUCGCGGCGCCCGCGCUGCGGGCUGGUUCCAGCCGGGGCCGCUGCUCUGCUUGCCGGGGCCAGCUGCCUUUGCUACGGCCGCUCGCUGCGGGGCGAGUUUGUGCACGACGAUGUGUGGGCGAUCGUGAACAACCCCGACGUGAGGCCCGGGGCCCCGCUGCGCUGGGCCGUCUUCGCUAACGACUUCUGGGGCAAGGGCCUGGCGGACAGCACCAGCCACAAGUCCUAUCGGCCGCUGUGCGUGCUGUCCUUCAGGCUAAACAUAUUUCUGACUGGCAUGAACCCUUUCUACUUCCAUGCUGUCAACGUCAUUCUACACUGCCUGGUGACCCUCGUGCUGAUGUACACCUGUGAUAAAACAGUCUUCAAGAAUCGCGGACUGGCAUUCAUCACAGCCCUGCUCUUUGCGGUGCACCCGGUCCACACCGAGGCGGUGGCUGGCAUCGUGGGCAGAGCCGAUGUGCUAGCAUGCCUCCUGUUCCUGCUGGCCUUUCUCUCCUACCAAAGGAGUCUGGACCAGGGCUGUGCAGGGCAGUGCUUCCCCCCGACAGCUUCUCCCUUCUUCCUGCUGCUCAGUUUGUUUCUGGGGACCUGUGCCAUGCUGGUGAAGGAGACAGGCGUCACCGUGUUUGGAGUGUGCUUGGUUUAUGAUCUCUUCUCCCCGUCCCACAAGCAGGACAAGUUGAGCAAUGGGGAGAUCUGUCAGCACAGCUCGGGGCAGCCAGGGAGCCCCCAGCCCUCGUUUCAGCAAGCCCACGCCCACCGUGAGAGCAGAAAGCAGCGCAUCCCACACAAAGAUACCUGGGGAGGCUGCCAUUCACCAUUGCCACCAGAGCCGAAGAGCAGUGGAUUCCCUGUGUCCCCGAGAACAGUGUGGUCUCUGAUGAGGUGUCUGACAGGAAGAAGCAACAGAAAUUUCCUGCUUACCCUGAGACCAUUUUUAAAGCGGGCCAUUUUGGUCAUCAGUUAUGUGACUGUCAUUUUGUACUUCCGCCUGUGGAUAAUGGGAGGAACUAUGCCCCUCUUCUCAGAGCAGGACAACCCAGCUUCAUUCUCGCCAUACGUCCUUACAAGGUUCCUUACCUAUUCCUACCUCCUGGCCUUCAAUGUAUGGCUUCUGCUGGCACCCAUCACCCUGUGCUAUGACUGGCAAGUGGGCAGUAUCCCUCUGGUGGAGACCAUAUGGGAUGUGAGGAACCUUGCUACCAUCCUUCUGGCAGUGAUGAUGGCCUUACUGAGCCUGCACUGUGUGGCAGCCUUCAAGAAGCUGGAGCACAAGGAAGUGUUGGCCGGCUUGCUGUUCCUCGUGUUCCCGUUCAUUCCAGCCAGCAACCUCUUCUUCAGGGUGGGCUUUGUGGUGGCCGAGAGAGUCCUGUACAUGCCUAGCAUGGGCUAUUGCAUUCUCUUUGUGCAUGGACUGAGUAAGCUCUGUGCCGGGCUGAGCCGAUGUGGGGCCACCUCCCUGAUGGCAUCCACUGUGUUGCUGCUGCUGCUGUUUUCCUGGAAAACUGUGAAGCAGAAUGAAAUUUGGCUGUCAAGAGAGUCCUUAUUCAGGUCUGGAGUUCAGACUCUGCCCCACAAUGCCAAGGUUCAUUACAACUACGCCAACUUCCUAAAAGACCAAGGUCGGAACAAGGAAGCGAUCUACCACUACAGAACCGCCCUCAAGCUGUACCCACGCCAUGCAAGUGCACUGAACAACCUUGGGACCCUGACAAAGGACAUGGCGGAAGCUAAGAUGUACUACCAGAAGGCAUUGCAACUCCACCCACAGCACAACCGUGCACUUUUCAAUCUCGGGAAUCUCCUCAAGUCCCAGGAGAAAACAGAAGAAGCCAUUGUGCUGCUGAAGGAAUCCAUUAAGUAUGGUCCAGAUUUUGCUGAUGCCUAUUCAAGCUUGGCUUCCCUGCUGGCUGAGAAGGAAAGAUUUAAGGAAGCUGAAGAUGUUUACCAGGCUGGAAUAAAGAACUGUCCGGAUAGUUCAGACUUACACAACAACUACGCAGUUUUCUUAGUUGACUCUGGCUUUCCAGAGAAGGCUGUGACUCACUACCAACAGGCCAUCCAGCUCAGCCCAAGCCAUCAUGUGGCUGUGGUGAACCUGGGCCGUCUCUACAGGUCCCUGGGAGAGAACAGCAUGGCUGAAGAGUGGUACAAACGUGCCCUGAAGGUGGCCCGCACUGCUGAGGUACUGUCACCUCUAGGAGCACUCUAUUACAACACUGGCCGACACAAGGAGGCCUUGGAAGUGUACCGGGAAGCUGUCUCACUCCAGCCUUCCCAGAGGGAUCUCCGCCUGGCUCUGGCACAGGUUUUAGCAGUGAUGGGUCAGACCAAAGAAGCUGAAAAGAUAACCAGCCACAUAGUAUCUGAGGAGCCCGGGUGCCUGGAAUGCUACCGCCUCCUGUCAGCAAUCUACAGCAAGCAGGAGCACUAUGAGAAGGCACUCGAGGCCAUAGAGAAGGCUCUUCAACUGAAGCCCAAGGACCCAAAAGUCAUAUCUGAACUUUUCUUUACAAAAGGCAACCAGCUAAGAGAACAGAACCUUCUGGACAAAGCUUUUGAGAGCUAUGAAGCUGCUGUGACCCUGGAUCCUGACCAGGCACAGGCAUGGAUGAACAUGGGUGGCAUCCGGCACAUCCAGGGAAGCUAUGUGUCUGCAAGGGCCUAUUAUGAGAGAGCCCUAAGGCUGGUUCCAGAUAGCAAGCUGCUGAAGGAAAACCUGGCCAAGCUGGAUCGCCUGGAGAGGAGGUUACAAGAAGUCAGAGAACGGGAUCAAACAUAGACCAAAAAAGGACACAGUUGUGUGGGACUCAGCAGGCUGGAAGAGGACAGAGUUGGAGAGGCCCUGCUUACACACAGCAGGCUCUGCCAGCUAGGCAGUCCUUUCCUGUGGCACAGUGAGAGACAGCCACUGGCUACUGUGCAGAAGAGUUGUUUCCAUGAAAAGACAAACAGCAGAGGAGAGCAGACUGUCUGCAGGGAAGGGAGAUAGCAAGUGCAUGCUUUGCUGGCUCCUGAGUGACUCCCAGUCCCCAGGAUAUUAAGCAGUGCUUUGGCAGCAGAUAGUGACCCCCAUUCUUACUAUAGCCCAGAAAUAUAGAAACUCGAAGUCCUGUAAAUGCAGCAGCUGUCCCUAAGAAAGGAUGUGUUCUCUGAAGUCAGCUCUUGGAAAUCUACUUGGGCAAGGUCAGUUAAUUCUCAAGAAUCUAGAGUCAGUGUUAAAGAAUAUUGGCAGAGUCCUGUGGAGUGCAGGGGAGCAGAACAC